AUGGAAAUUGGGAAGAAAAAUGUGGUACAAAUUGUAACAGAUAAUGGCUCUGCAUUUGUUAAAGCUGGGAAGAAAUUGAUGGGAGAUUACAAUUUGUACUGGACUCCAUGUGUAGUACAUUGCAUUGAUCUCGUGUUUGAAGAUAUUGGGAAGAAUGAGAAUGUGGCUAUUGUGAUCAAGCAGGCUAAAGCAAUCACAACUUACAUCUACAAUCAUAAUUGGUUGCUAGUAAAUAUGCGUGAAACUUGCAAAGGUGACAUCAUUCGUCCGGGACUUACACGAUUUGCCACAAACUAUCUUGCGCUUGAUAGCUUGGUUAAAAAGAAAGCAAGACUUAAGCAACUAUUCACAUCUAUUGAUUGGACUAAUCAUAAUUAUAGUGCUUCAAAAGAAGGCCAAACAGUGGAAAAUAUAGUACUUAAUCAUAGUCAAUUAUUUGAGCCUUUAUAUAAGUUUUUAUGUAUUGUUAACACCGAGGUUUAUCGAACAAUGGGAGCAGCGUAUGAGUUUAUGCGAAUUGUUAAAGAGGAACUUGACAAAAUGCAUGGUGCAAAGUGGAUAUUAAAGAUCAUCAAUAAUAGACCUGGGGUUGGAGAAGAUUCUAAUCUUAUAAAGGCUGUACACGAUGUCUAUGCUACAUUGGAUCCUAAAUCCGCCGCAAUUAGCCAGUUUGGAAAGGAGCUUACAUACUUCAAGGAUGCAAGGAAAGGAUUUGCAAGACCAACAGCAAUUGCUUCUAGAAAAGAGAUGUUUCCUGUUGAAUGGUGGAUCAUGUAUGGUGAUAGUGCACCUAUAGUAGAAAAUUGGCAUUGA